GGACAUGCGUCCGUUGUAUGAUACUCAUCAUGUUGUACGGGCUGGCAGUGCCACUGAGAAGGCCUUCUAUUUGCCCUCUCGCAUCCCGCCCUUUCGUAAACGCGUUGAGUUGCUUCGUCUCUGGCUUGUCUGAUGUUUACCUCUCCCGUUUCAACUCUAGAUGAACUAGAUCUGGCCGUUCAUUUUACCCACAGAGAGCCGCUAAUAUGAGGCUUCCGCGAACUUCACAUCCUUUGUUUUGUUUGUUUUUCCUCUCUGCUGUCAUCGCAGCCGAGGUCUUGGGUCAUGGAAAAAGGCAAGAAACAAGCAUCUCCUCUAACUUGCUGGGCCCAACGGCGACAAAAGAUGCGCAGGGUACGGCACCGGUGCCGACUUCCUCUGCCGGGCUGCAAGGUGGCGCGGCGUUAUGCAAUGCUACACUCCCCGACAGUCAGCUUCCCUUCAAGCCGACAAUCACACCCGGUUGGGCCGUCGCUGGCACCAUCCUCCUCGGCACCGGCGUUGCCCACGCACUGGUCGGUAUUAGGGCGAAACGAGUACACACCUUCUUCAGUGCCGCCUUCCUUGCGGCUCUCGGGACAACCCUCUUGAUACUGUAUCUCAUGACUCCCCCGGCUAGUCUUGCAGUACAAGGCGCUUUUGUAGUUGCUGCGGUUUGCACCGGCGCGGCGCUCGGUGGGCUCGCUGUUCUAUUCAGGGACCUCGCCGAGUGUCUGGGUUGUCUCCUCGGUGGAUUCAGCCUCGCCAUGUGGCUGCUGACCCUCCACCCCGGCGGGCUCGUCCGUCACGGCGCCGGCAAGGUUGUGUUUAUUGUUAUCUUCAGUUUGACGGGUUUGUGCUUCUACUUUAGUCGCUGGACACGGGUACACGGUCUCGUGGCUUGCAUAUCCCUUUCCGGUGCAACCGCGGCCAUCCUCGGCAUCGACUGCUUCAGCCGCGCAGGGCUCAAAGAAUUUUGGGCCUACAUCUGGGAACUGAACGACAACCUGUCCCUCGACGGCACCGUCACAUACCCGUUAACCCGCGGCAUCCGCGUGGAACUCGCCAUCACCAUUUUACUGGCCGUCGUCGGCGUUAUCUCGCAGCUCAAGCUGUGGCAGCUCAUUCAGGACCGGCGCAACAAGAACAAAGAUGAAACGACCGACGAGGAGUUAGGCUUGCCGGAUGAGGAGGAAAACAUAGGACGGCAAGUGGAAGAGGUGAAAAACCGCGAGCGCCGCGAGUGGGAGCGUGUGUAUGGAGAAUGUGGGAGUAUCUGCCGCCGGUUGGCGGACAGUGCCCUGGGAGGUAUGGAAGGUGAGAGGCCCGAUGGCCACAGCCAGCGGACUUCGCAGGCUUCUACAACCAACUUCCGGACUUCGGCCGGGCCCUCAGCGAAAGUAGGCCCGACGGAUUCUAUCAUAGAACGAGACGCCGGAACCGGCGGGGGGACGGUCAUGGUUGUUGAGGAUGAUGUGGCGGAGGGAGAGGCGACCGAUAUUGCUACUCCAAAGAAUGGUGAUGACGGUCUAAGUGAGACUCCGACGGCUCCAGCGACGAGCCCCGGUUCGCAAUCCGGUCUUGAAGAACUAAUUGCCCCUCUUCCAUCCAGCAUUUCCGCCGGCUGGAAUGGGAAAGACACAGACUCCCAGGUUGUUGAGGUGGAGGACAGGUCCUCUAUAGCGGCUGUCACAGGCGAGGAACAGCCAUGUGCAUUGCUCCCUGAUUCUGAAGACACACUGCCGCGGGAGGACCAGGCGGGUUGCCGAAAGCGUUCAUCUAAACUCGCGAGAGUAAGCAAUUUAGAAAAGUACGUAGCUACGGGGAGAUACGGGGUGCUGGUUUUGCCAACCAAGGCGAUGUCGGACGACAGAGACUCCGUGAUUGCGGAUAUGGAUGACGAGAGCACGAGCGGUGAAGCAGAGACCGCCGUCCUCGACUGGGCGCUGUGUUGGCCCGAUCGAAGUUCGCCAUCAGACUCGAGUGACGAGAAACAGGAAGACACUGAAGCGCUGCGACAGCAAACCACAACACCACACACGACCGACGAUGCCGGAGAGAGUGGACCGAGCUCCCCACCAUUGGGAGGACUUCAUCAGCUAGCAAGGGCCGAGUCUCUCUCAUCAAACACGGGAAGGCCCCCGGCCGUGAUUUUGAAUGCGGUGAGACAGACCCAAGCGGUGAGUGAGUUGGCGCCCCAUACUCGGAGAGACACCGGGUUGGGAUCGACGACAUCAUUUCGGCCCAUCGUCGCGCGUCUCACGAGACUUAACCUCCCACCUGCCCUUCCGGAUGUUGCCUUGACGUACCGGACAAACGAGUGGACAAAGCACCUCAGCAUUGCCGAGAAGCCCGACCCAGAACUACUUCGACUUCCUGAACCCACCACCCCAGAACCUCUGAACGAAGAACCCGCGUAUCUAGAUAUUGUCGAGCUACAGCAGACAGCCGAGACCGGUGCCCCUCCAUCAGCUGCUCUAGGAAUCUCUACUAUUGUGUCCAACUACCCGCAACACGCCACAUCCAAGAGCAUCUCAACUGCGUCGCUCCCCGACUCAGAUAUGGCCAUGUCCAACCCGUCUCCAGGCUCGCAGCCUGAGCCUCGCCCUUCUCAUCAACGCCCCACCCCCGCGCCGUUGAAACGCCAGAGCACAAAGUUCCCGGUCGACUCCAUCGUUGAGAAACAGGGCAACUCUCGGCGUCACUCGGCAUGGCCGCAGGGAACCGCCCAGACACAGGCAGCGGGCGCUUCCGGCCAUCGCCGCUCAACAUCGGCGUCGUCGAUGCCAACACCCGAUGUUCCGCACAAGGCGUACCCCCAAACCAAGCACCCCAACAUGAUCGGCAUGCGCGAGAACCUCCUCCGCUCCCGCGCCUCGGGCAUCCUAACUCCCGUCAGCGGCAACGCCUUCCAAGCCCCUCCGAACCCCUCCCCCGCUCACCACGCGCCCGCCGGCGCAGGCCGCGCCCACAACUACCCCGUACGCUCUCCAACCCCGAGCAGCCAACACCGCCCCUCGCCCAACCGGCGCCCCUCGGCCGACGUCGUCGACCUAGACGACCUCCCGCUCUCCCAACGCCGGUCCAUCAUCCGCCACCGCCAAAGCAAAAACGCCACCAACCUACGACCAACAGCCCACUCCACCUCCUUCGACUCCCACCAACCCCGGCGCGGCGCCAGCGCCGUCCCCACCGUCAUCCGCCACGCGCAGCUCGCCAGCUUCCGCAACAGCGUCGCCGUCGACCUGCGCCCCAGCUCCCCCCCCAGCGUCUCCGAGCUGCGGCGCAUGUCCUCGUCCGCCACGCUCAUCGACCUCCACGGAGCAGGAACCGGCGUACCAGGAGGCCUAGGCGGCAGCAGCCCGCUGCUGGCCAACACGGCGGCGCUGGGCGUGGCCGGGGUGACCAAGCCGACGCCCACCGCCGACAAGAGCCGGGCCGAGGCCAUGCGCAGCAUUGAUCUGCAGCGCGGCUACCUGCUGGUGGAGAAGGCGGCCGAGGCGCAGCGCCGCGAGGCCGAGGCUGCUGGGCGCGUGCAGUUCCAGCGCGACUUUGAGGAGCUGAUGAGGAGUGGCGUGCUGAUGGGCGCGCAUCGGGAUGCGAUGCGGAAGAUGCAGGGUGGGGUGAGGGCGUGAGUUGUGGGGGGGUUGGGGUUGUUGAUAAGGGGAGGUGGUGGUAAUUGGAAUAUGUUGAUGGUAAUUUGGUUUUGUGGAGAUGGAGAUGGAUGGGGAGUGAGGAGUAGGGGAGGCGAGCUAGGAUAAGAUGAUUAAUAUGGUGCUGUGCUGGUAAGGUCAUGAUAAUGAGGCGAGGGACGUGGUUUCGUGGACUAGUUGUUGUCGUCGAAUAUAUAUACCCGUAUACUAGCUUUUUAAUAAUAUUCUAACAUCC